AUGGGAACUUAUCGCUUGGAGGCCGCCUCAACCGGCCGAGCGGGCUGCCAAAACAAAGAAUGCAAAGAGGAAAAGCUCAAAAUCGGCAAAGGCGAGCUCCGUCUCGGCACCUGGGUCGACACCGAAAGAUUCCAGAGUUUCUUCUGGAGACACUGGGGAUGCGUCACGCCUAAGAUCAUCGCCAACCUCAAUGAAGCCGUUGAGGAAGCGAGUGGUGACUCGAAGGAUCUGGACGCCAUUGACGGCUUUGAGGAACUUCCUUCGGAGUAUCAAGAGAAGAUCCGUAAGGCUCUGGAGCAGGGACAUGUUGACGAUGAGGAUUGGAAGGGGGACCCCGAAAUGAAUCGGCCUGGCAUGACGGGCUUUCGCAAGCGUGCCCCCAAGAAGAAGAAGGGUGACGAGGAAGAGGCGGAAACCGCAUCCGAAAAGGAGGAAAAGACUCCCAAGUCGAAGAAACGGGGCCGUGCUCAGACUGAUAAAGACAAGCCCGAGGAGAAGGCUACCGCUCCCAAGGCCAAAAGAGCCAAGAAGGGCAGCCGUGCCAAACAAGAGAGCGACACCGAAGACGACGGUGACCAGCAACAGGAAUCUGACGAAGAGGAGGUCCAGCCCAAGCCAACCGUUACCAAAAGAGGCCGGGUUUCCAAAGCUGCCGCUGAGGAGAAAGCGCCCAAGGCGUCUGAGAAGCUGCCUGCGAAGCGUCAGAGGAAGUCAGUGGGUGAGGCCGGUGAUGAGGCCGAGCCCGUCGAGGAGAAACCCAAGCGUGGUCGCAGAAAGAAGUCGACUUAG